CCAGUCCAACUUUAUAACCAAAUAAAGCCUCUACGUCUCCAUAUCCUUUCUCUCUGUCAACUUUAUUAAAAUCUUAUAAGUUCUACCAUAUACCAUCCUCAAAUGUCCUCACAACAUUACCUUAUCACUAAUAUUCAAUGUCACUUCAACAACCAAAAUGAAUCUUGUUAGGAAAAAAGUUCUCAAGAGAAAGAUAUAUUUUUUUUUUGAACGAUAAUAGAGAAAGAGAAAGAACCUUAUUUACACAAAUUUACGGGAGUGUAUUAUUCAAGAAAAGGUUUCAGCAGAGUGUACACAAAUUGAAUUUAACGGGCUUCUGCUUGCAAUUGGAGAAACAUGGCUUCUGCUGGCCGCUGCUGAUUUGAGAAAGGGGAAGAUUCUUUCUUGUGUACAAGAAGCGAGAUGGAGGGUUGCAUGACUGAAGUUGUGAAGACUCUUGUUGAAAAAUUGUUAAACAAGGGAAAAGAAAAAUCACGCUAUUUACUUUGCUUCACACGCAUUGUUAAAGAAUUCAAUGAAGAAAAGGAGAAGUUGGAAGCAGAAAAUGCAACUAUGAAACAACGUUUUAAAGUGGCAAUCGAAAAAGGUAAAGAUAUUCAAUCUAAUGCUGAAUUUUGGGAAAAACAAGCUGACGGGCUCAUUCAAGAGAACACUGAGACAAAACAGAGAUGUUUUCUUGGAUUUUGCCCUGAUUGUAUUUGGAGAUAUAAAAGGGGAGAGGAUUUGGCAACCAAGACAAAAGUGAUUAAAGAUCUAAUAGAAAAGGCAGAAAAAUUUGAAAAUAUUGAAAUUACUCGUGGUCUUCCUGGUGUUGAGCGAUAUUCUUCUAAGGAUUACAUUUCAUUUGAAAGCAGAAAGUUGAAACGUAAAGAGCUUUUGGAUGCACUAAAAGAUGACAGCAACUAUAUGGUUGGAUUGCAUGGAAUGGGGGGUUCUGGUAAAACUACAUUGGCAAAAGAAGUGGGUAAACAACUGAAGACAUUGAAGCAUUUCAAUUAUGUUAUCGAUACGACAGUUUCAUCUAAUCUUGAUAUAAAAAAGAUUCAAGAUGAUAUUGCCGGAUCCUUAGUACUGGAAUGGGAAAACAAAAAUGAAUCAGAUCGACCUAAAAGUUUGUGGAAAAGAUUAACCAAUGGUGAUAAAAUUCUUGUGAUAUUGGAUGAUGUCUGGAAAAAUCUCAAUUUUGAUGAGAUAGGGCUUCCAAAUAGUGAUAAUUGUAAAGGAUGCAAAGUUCUUGUAACCACACGUGAAUUGGAGGUAUGCGAACAAAUGGAAUGUGGAAAGACAAUUCAACUACAACACUUAACUGAAGAAGAUGCAUUGAUCAUGUUCAAAAUGUAUGCCAAACUAAGCAAUAUUUCCGACAUAAGUAUUCUUGAUAAGGUACGUGAAAUCGUAGCUUUAUGCAAAGGAUUACCAGUUGCAAUUGUUACUAUCGCCAGAAGUUUGAAGGGAAAAAAACAUCGUGCAGAGUGGGAUCUUGCCUUGAAUUCCUUAAAAUAUCCUAUGUCCAUGGGCAAUGUUGAAGAUCAUUUGGUUGACAUUUUUAAAUGUUUGAAGUUUAGCUAUGAUAAUCUGAAGGAUGAAAAAGCAAAGGGAUUGUUCCUCUUAUGUUCUGCAUUCCCUGAAGAUGAAGAGAUUUCUGUUGAACUUCUAACUAGGCUUGGUAUAGGAGUCAACCUUUUUGGGGAAGGUUAUGACAAAUACAAUGAUGCUCGAACUCAAGUAAGUGCAGCAAAAAAUAAACUCCUACGUUCAUGUCUACUGUUGGAGACAGAGAAAGGAGAUGUGAAGAUGCAUGACUUGGUUCGGGAAGUAGCCCAAUGGAUAGUGAAGGAAGAGAUUCUAGCAGAAAAUUUAUUUGAAAAAAAUCAAAAGUCAUUGGUCGAAAAGAGUAAGAAUAUCAAAAUUUUGUACUUCCAUGGAAAACUAAGUGAAUUAUUUUCCUCAAAAAGUCAUUGGUCUGAUGGCUCUAAGCUUGAGAUUCUAAUUGCAAAAGAGUGUGAGUUCCAGGAUGUCCACACUUCAUUCCUUGAAAAUAUGGCAGGGCUUCGAGUUUUGAUUUUCUCAAAUUCAAAUUCUGCGAGACAUUCAUCAUUAGCAAAUUCAAUUAAGUUAAUGAUCAAUAUUCGUUCUCUAUCAGUUGAAAAAGUCAUUUUGGGGGACAUCUCUGUUUUGGGAAGCCUGCAAAGUCUUGAGACUCUUGAAUUGCAUUAUUGUGAAAUUGAUGAAUUUUCCCGUGAAAUUGCAAAGUUGAAGAAACUUAGAUUGUUGUGCUUGAAAGAAUGUGAAAUUAAAAACAAUAAUCCAUUUGAAGUUAUCCAGAGUUGCCCAUCACUUGAAGAAUUGUACUUCUUGAAGAGUUUCAAUAAAUCUUGUAAAGAAAUAACCUUACCUAGAUUGGAAAGGUAUGUUCUCAGUGAUUUUUAUAGAUAUUGGGAUGCUUCACAAUUAAAAGUUGUUGCUUUACGAGAAGAUUAUUUAUCAAAAGCAACAUAUAAGUAUGUGAUACAAACAUCAUAUUGUCUUCAUCUGUUUAGAAUGGAGGGAUAUAGAAAUCUCAUGCCAGAGAUGGUUCCUAUAAAACAAGGUAUGAAUGAUCUAAUUGAGCUUCAUUUGGAAGGUAGUUCACAACUACAGUGCCUUGUAGACACUAAACAAUUUCAAAAACCAAUUGUUUUCUCAAAGUUGGCUGUACUAGAGCUUGAGAGAAUGGAAGCUUUGGAAGAAUUAUGCAAUGGUCCCAUCUCCUAUGACUCAAUGAAAUUUUUUAAAAAGCUGUAUAUCAAGGAGUGUGAAAAUUUGCGAAGCUUGUUUAAAUGCAGCCUAAAUCUCAGCAGUCUAAAGAUUGUGGAAUUAAAACAAUGCUCAAAAUUGGUUUCUGUUUUUGAACUAUCAACUUCUCAAAGCUUGCCGCUGUUGGAGAAAUUGAAAAUAGUUAAUUGUAAGAAAUUGGAAAACAUAAUUGCAUUUGAAAGAACAGUAACGGAUGUCACAAUUGAAAAUAGUUGCUACUCAUUGUUUCCAAUGCUGAAAGUUCUUCAUAUUGAGAAAUGUGACCACUUACAAUUUAUACUUCCAAUUCUCUCUGCUCGAGACUUUGAGUUCUUAGAAGUUAUCAGAAUAAAAUGUUGUGACAAGCUGAAAUACAUAUUUGGCCAACACCAAGAUGUCAAACUCACAUCACUAAAAGAGGUGGCGAUUGUAGAUUUGCCAAAUUUCAUCGACAUAUGUCCACCCAAAGCUUCAUCCAUUUCCCAAGAUGGUUCUAAGCCACAAACACAACUUGACACUAUCAAAAGCAAUACAUUCUCUAUGUGUUGUUAUAGAUACAAACUGAAGAGUACGAAAAUCCCAUCUGUUUCUGAGGAUCAACCACAAGACUGCUCAAUCUCAUUGGAAUCAAAUUCAUAUUUCCUUGACAUAUUGAACAGUGCUCAAUAUCUUGAAGAGAUUAAAAUCUCUAAUGCUCCAAAGAUGAAAUCUGUAUUGAUCCUAUCCAUUCCUCUAAGAAUGUUGGAAAGUUUGAGAAUUGAGAAAUGUGAUGAAAUGAAGCAAAUAAUAAUAGACACUGGAGAUCAUAACAGUACUAGUGGCAAUAAAUUUGGUAAUGUCUUCCCAAAAUUGAAAAGGCUCUGGGUUGAAAAUUGUGUGCAAUUGGAAUACAUAUUUGGACACUACAAUCAUGAUCAUCAAAACCAGACUGAAAUGGCAAAACUUGAACUCAAUGAAUGCUCGCAGUUAGAUAGUGGUGAUUUGAUAACAACAAGAUCUAUGGACGGUACAAUAGUCAAGGAAUUGAGUGGCAAUGAAGAAAACAGACAACAAUUGAACUUAAGCUUGGAAGACAUUGACUUGUUUGAUCUGCCUAUGAUGAGGUGUCUUUUUGUGGGUCUGAAAUAUUCAUUUGUCCUCAAUAACCUUACAGAGAUGAAAAUCGUUCGAUGUGAAAAAUUGGAAAUUGUUUUCUCCACAUCUGUUUUAAGAUGCCUACCACAAUUGGUUAGACUAGAAGUAGAAGAAUGCAAAGAGUUGAAGCAUAUCAUUGAAGAUGAUUUGGAGGAUAAAAAAUUUCAGUCUUCAAACACAUUCUUCCCAAAGCUAGAAACAUUAAUUGUAACAAAAUGUGACAAGUUGAAGUAUGUGUUUCCAGUCUCCAUUUGUAAAGAGUUUCCUGAGCUAAAGGUUAUGUUGAUAAGAGAAGCAAAUGAGCUAGAGGAAAUAUUCAAAAGUGAUAAAAAAGAUGAGAUUGAAGAAAUAUCCAAAACUGAAGUUGAUAUUCCAAAUCUGAAAGCUGUAGCAUUUGCCUACCUACCAAGGCUCUACCAUGACCAGGGAGUUCAUUUUCAGACAGUUAAAUAUCGUGUGGUACAUAUUUGUCAAAAACUCUCUCUAACUUCAUGCAAUGAAGAUGAAGAUAAAGAUGACGGCGAUCCUUUCAGUAUCUUUGAAGAUUAUUAUUUGCGUAGUCGAUUUAGAGAAAUACAAAGAGAGUGCGACAAAGCAAAGGGAGAGCAUGAUGAAGAAUCAGAGAAUGAUGAAGAAACUGAUUCAGAUUACGACAAUGGCAAUGAUGAUGAGGUAUUUUCUGAACUUGCACGUGAUUUUAAGGAACAUCUUACCAAGGAAGUUGAAGUGUGAAAAUGUGUGAAAAACACCCAGAAACAAUCUUUCGAUCCCUAUCACAUGCAUGGUGUCUUGGACAAUAAGAAACCAUUUUUCCAUCAUUCAUAUAAAUGAGAUUUUAAUGCAUAAACACAACAUAAAGCUAAAGAGAAAUAUUAAAGAAAAAUAAACUUUGCUUAACCUAUUACUUAAAAAUAUGCUGCAACUAACUUACAUUUUCAUGCAAU